AGUGUCGAAAUUGGAAUUGUUUUUUAAAAUGCAGCUGCAGCGCAGGUUGCUUCUCCCAUUUCUGGCUGCGAUUCUGGUUGCUGUUGUCGACGUUGCAGCUCAUCCGGAUCGUAUUAUAACCCAUGGCUAUUCAGCGUCGAUUGGCCAGGUACCCUACAUUGUUGGCCUGCUGCUGCAGGAGGGUCAGUUGGGUCGGUGGUGCGGCGGAUCCAUCAUUGACCACAAAUGGGUGCUGACUGCUGCCCACUGCACGGAUCACAUUGAUGCGGUGACCAUUUACUAUGGCGCCACCAGACGCACCCAAGCAUUGUUUAGUCUGAUUGUCGGCGUUGAGGAUGUGGUCCAACAUCCUCAAUGGCCGGGCAACAUUGGCAAUGAUAUCGCCUUGAUACGCACACCACAUGUGGGAUUCUGGUCGCUGAUCGACAAGGUGGAGUUGCCGGGAUUGGCACAGCGCAAUGAGCGAUUUGUGCAUUCUGCGGUGCUCACCUGUGGCUGGGGCAGCACCUACGAUGGCAGCUCUCUGCCCGAUUGGCUGCAGUGCAUCGAUCUGAAUGUGAUUAGCAACGAGGAAUGCACUCGCAGCUAUGGCACACUGCCGGAGAGUGUUCUAUGCGUCGGCACACCGGAGGGCAGAUCCAUUUGUGACGGCGACUCCGGUGGACCUCUGGUGACCCAGCAGCAGCCUCAACUGGUAGGCGUCACCUCGUUCAGCGAUGCGGCAAGCUGUUUAUCGGUGGCGCCAGCGGGUUUCACUCGUGUCACCUCCCAUUUGGACUGGAUUCGCAGAGUUUCUGGCGUUGCUUACUAGCUUCAAAAUGAAACUAACUGUAAACAUACAUUUCCUAUUCAUAAUCUGAUAAAAAUGUUCGCUUUAAGAGUGGAUAAUUUAUUAGAUAUCCUUAUAAACAAAAAGAGUUGCACUGCUUGCUAUUUUUAAGCACAGACUCGUGCUAAAAUUAUCGAUAAAUGUUUCUGUAUGUAAAAGCUGCACUGUUAGCUGAAUAUAUCGCCAUUGAAAAUCGAUAAAUGCGCUCAGCUGAUUGUGAUUUGUGUGCAACAGUUGCAAGUGCGACAAAUUGGAAAUUUAAAUGUAAAUAUAAAAGUCCAGUGAAAUUUGAAUUUAAAUAUCAAAGUGCUGUGGUAGCCAUUGAUUAA